AUGGCUGCGAAAACGCGAGAUGAGUUGGAAGCACAAAUAGCACAGCUUCAAUCGCGUAAACGUCAGCUGAAUGAUGACUCAGAGAACGGUGAGAAUAUAAGCAAUGGAAAAUCAACAAUUGACAAAAUUGCAUUCGGUUCGGCGGGCGGUUAUGAUACGGAUGUGUAUGGAAGUGUUCGUGGUAAUCGAAAAUCAGAUUAUUUGACGUCGAUCAACACGGGUGAUGACGAUGAUGAGGGGGAUGAUGACCCUCUAAUGGGACCGAUGGCCGCUGCUAAGGCAACCUACUCGGCACCGAAGCGCUUUGUCGAGGAAGCUGCCAAACACGCGAAU